AAACUUCGCAUUCCAACCCGCACCCGCAGCUUGAACUGCAGGUUACCUGUAUGCUCCUCAGUCACCCGCGCCUUACGUCCCGCCACCACCACCACCUUCUCCAAAGCUACCCUUCUUCCAACCACCACCUUCUUCCUCACAACCCGCCCCAUCUCAACAACCCCCAACAACAACCUCAAAAUGUACAAAGACUCCGAAGGCAACAAGCGCUCCGAAGAAGGCAAGAAAGAGCCUCACCAGCACCAAUCCAGCAACCGCACCGACCGACCCGAAGACCAAUGGAAGUUCCGCGCGCCCUACAAGAUCCACGACGACAAGGGCGGCGAGAACUUCGAGGCCAAGUGGAAGGGCAAAUGCCAUUGCGGCGCGGUGCAGUAUGAGUUGUCUAGAGAAAAGCCGUUGGCGAGCAAGUAUUGUCACUGUACUACUUGUCAGAGGAUGCAUGGUGCCCCCUUCCAAUGGGCAGCCAUCUUCCACAAAACCGACAUCAAUUUUGUUCGUGGCCACCACGACCUAGGCUGGUACGACCCAACCGCCAAAUCCACCACGCACCACCUCCCCUGCAAGGUGCAAUGCGCCUACUGCCGGACGCCCAUCAUGGACGAAGGGCGCAACAUGAUUUUACUCUUUCCGACACUGAUUGAAGGGAUUAAUACCCCUGAGGGCAGGAAGGCGUUUGAAGUCCAGUCACAUAUGUUCUACCAACAGAGAGUGGUGGAUGUUAAAGACGGGAAACCAAAGUACAAGGGGUUGGCGGGGGAAAGUAAUUUGGUAGAUGAGGAGACGGGGGAGGAGAUUGAGGGGAGUAAUCCGAAGGAGAGGAAGGAGGGGGAGGAGAAGUAGUGAGUGACUUGAGGGUGGAAGGUUGAAGUUGCGAUGGGGGAUGGUAUGGAAGCCUUGAAGAGCAUGUGCAUGUGUAGGCGUUGGUAGGCAGA